CGUUUUUGCUUUUAGCAAUACGGAAUUAAUUUUUUUGUAUAUGUUAAAAGUGUUUUAACACGAAAGCUGACAGAACGAACCAGAUUGUUUUCUAAUACACUGUGGUGUUCGGAAUGUGCGAUUUAUGCAUAUAACUUUUACCACUUUAUUGAUGAUCAAGUGAAUAAAUAGAAAAAAACAUAUUAAAGUGGAGAAUGGAAAAACCGUUUCUGUUUUCCGUUUAGUGUCUUUGCCAAAGGAGACAUCUAAUAUGAUCUAGCCAGACCUAGCCAAAACAAACAAAAAGCCAUUAACCGUCCCGUUAUUCAAUAACUCUACUGUUUAAAAUCUACAAACAGGUAUAUUAGGAAAUAAGCUAGAUAUGAAUAUUAUCGAAGAGCGGAACCUGAAUUUCAUUUAGCUUUCACUGAGGAUCAUGGUAUGCGCAUGUUUCUCUUGGGAAUACCGUGAGAAUAAACAGGCAAUACAAAUAUUACUGCCAGGACAGUUUAUUCUCUUGUUAUCGGUCGCACUCGACAUCGUGGCAACGGAUAAAGUGUGUUCUGAUGAAGUGUUUUUGUCAGUCGCAUAGAUUGAAAAAAAACAUGGAAGCCUGGUUUUGGAUUCUUGGCUGGUCUCUUUGUGUCCUGACGAUAUUUGGAAAUGGAUUUAUCAUCUUCCUUGUGGGCAGCAAACGACACCUUCGCACCAAAACCAACGCAUUUGUCUUUUCACUCGCAGUGGCAGAUUUUUUCGUCGGGAUGAGCGUUGUUCCUUCACUUUUCUUCUGCGAGAUGGCAACUGGCUGCAGCUCUGAAGGUUGGUCAGCUUGGGUUCACAUGUUAAGAUGGCUGUUUGAGCAUGCUUCUAUGACGAACUUGUGCAGUUUAGUACUGGAUCGCUACAUUGCAGUUGUGAAACCCUUAAAAUACUUGUCUUUUAUGAAGCGCCACCGCGUGGUUCAAAUGAUUUCCUUAUCUUGGACAAUUUCUGUUGUUAUAAUCUUCCUAUAUGCAAUGAAUUUUCUUUUUUACAAAGAAAUAAUCUUUGAUCACAUCGUCGUCUGGACAGUUGUGAUAUUUCUACAGUUUCUUCCAUGUUUUAUUUUAAUCUUUUGCUUUGCAUCCAUGUUGUAUGUUGUUUGCAAGCACGAUAGAGCUGCCCGCUCGUUAACAAAACAAUUACGUUUUAAUCAUCACGUUUUCAUUAAAAAUCAGGAGAAGUCUGCAAUUAUAUUGAUGGCGAUUGUUAUUGGCCUUUUUCUCCUGUGUUAUGGAGUAUUUUUACGUUGUAGCUUUUUAGUGCUUUUAAAAAACCGCACAAGAUGUAAUGAUGUGGAAUAUAAAAUACCUAUUCUGGUUUUAAACUCUGCCGUCAACCCUUUAGCUUACGCUUUAUUCAAGAGGGACAUAAAAAAUGAGAUUAGGAGAUGUUUUUCAUGCUUUGCCGUCGUAAAAAAACGGAAACACAAUCAAACCUUUACAGGAGAAUAACUGUUUUAAACUAGAAAAUUACACUUAGCUAGAAUUGUUUUUGAAUAUAAGCAGUUCCUAUUUAGCAGAAAGGUAACUGGAAUUGUAGAUAAGAUAUUUGACUUGAUUGAUUGAUAACAGCCCGCCGUGGUUUGAAGGCAGCUGUCACUGAAGAGAAGUGCC